AUGAUUCUCCUUGCAGUGAGGCGAAUAGGCCGAGUCUGGACCUCGGCCGACCGUUACAGCUCCGCCCUUCUGCGAGCUCGAUACUACAGUUCCGACCUUGCGUCACCCAUUGGCCAGUCGACGGUCAAGAAGCAGCCACAGUUCCACGAUUACUUCGUGACACAUCUGCCCUCGUCCUCGCUUCACCCCGAUCCCCGUGGUCCAUCCGCUCCGUUCCAUAAGCUCCCUCGCUCCGCCUCCGUACCGCAUACCGGAGAUACGCCGCAGUCGCCGGCUUCCGCUUCGGCCUCAUACCAAGCCGCUUCGGCCUCAUACCAGGCCCUAAUAGAUCGCGAGACAACUGUCGUUCGGAUUCCACUUCGCAGUGCGAAGCACCAUUUCGGCGCCGUUACCGCCCGUGGCACUCGCCCUGCCAAUGAAGACACAUACCAAGCUGGUGUCAUUGACAUCCCGGCUUUUGCGAAGCGACCCCCGGCGUCGCUGACUAUCAAACGUCGGAACAACGGAGAAGCUUUGCCCAAACCGCGCGAGUCGCGCGCUGCGGAGACAGCUAGUGGUGAUCCGCAGGUCUUCUACUUCGGUGUCUUUGACGGCCAUGGCGGAGUUGACUGCAGUGCGUUCUUGAGAGACUACUUGCACGAAUAUAUCCAAGAUGCGGCUGUUGAUAUCGAUCUCAAGUCGAGUCUCCAGCCCGGCGCGGAAAUUCCACCUUCCAACAGCGAGCUACCUGUCAUGCAAGAAGGUAACCGGAACAAGAUCGGUGAUCUGGAGAAGAACCUUGUUCAAGACUGGAGACGUAUAGUUGGCGGUUACUUCAAGCGAUUUAAGCCGCCAAAUUUCGCCUACCACGGCCUCGAGUCUAAGGACCCCAGUAUCCUUAAUCACAUUUCUAUCGAAGAAGUAAUGGAAUACGCCUUUCUCCGUGCAGACCUCGACUUCCUCAAGGCGCAAGCCGCCAAACGAGACAAUGAUCUCGUUCAGGCCGAGAGACCCCUGAACGACGACGAAAUAUUCCAUCGACCCAGCAUGACUCGUUCCCCCAAAAUCGGUGGACCCAGCCGUUUCAAGGGCGGCAGCACAGGGAGCAUCGCCAUGAUCUCAACGCCCACCCCAACCCCAUUUUGGCACCCUAUUGGACCGUCGAGCCUCCUAGUAGCCCACGUUGGCGACACCCGUAUGCUCCUCUGUUCAACGCUAACAGGUGAAGCAAUCCCACUAACAUCAAACCACCACCCUUCCUCGCCAAUUGAAGCAAGCCGACUCCGCCGCUAUGCAGCAACCUUUGUGACAGACUCCUUCGGCGAAGAGCGCAUGAGCGGGCUGGCCAAUACGCGCGCCUUCGGCGACAUGCAAUCCAAGCGCAUCGGCGUCUCCGCCGAGCCAGAACUCAAGCGCAUUGAGAUGGGACCCGCUGAGUUCUCGUUCUUGGUCAUGGUGUCCGAUGGCAUCAGCGGAACCCUGCUUGAUCAGGAGAUUGUGGAUAUCGUCAAGGAAUCCAGGACACCUGAGCAGGGUGCGCGCGACGUGGUCAAUUUCUCUACUGAGGUUACUAAGGAGGGUGACAACGCUACUUGUCUUGUUAUCCGGCUUGGUGGCUGGGAGAGAAGACUUGAAGGUGGUGUUGGGAGCUUGGGGACUAAGGAGUCUCGUGAGUGGCGUCGUCAGGAUGCUACUGAUCCGCGCAGGUCACGGACGUGA